ACAGCAGUUACCUCCCGCAGCUACUGGUAAAUGCGCAAUUCAUCAAGUGUCCAGGCAGCGUUUUGUGGAGAGCGUUGUGCGCUCUCUCGUGGAUUUUCUUGGUCACUGUGCUUAGUUUGAACAAGAAAGCGAGGCUGUCUGAGCUUUUAUGGGGGUGUUGGAUGCUGAGUCCAAUUCGCCUGGCACCUGUUGCUGGCUUCUAAUGAUCAGCAGCUGGUCUACUGAGGAUUUGAGGACCGCGUCGUUCACCUUACAUCAUGUCGGAGGAGCAAACAGAUUCCAACUCCAGUGUGUACUAUUUUGACAGUGCAGUCCAGAGCAGCCUCGUGUUUUCAGGACCCAUAUUUGUCAUUUUGAUGAUGAUGAUGGUGACUUUGGUUGUUGUGAUAGUUUUGGGAAACGCACUGGUAAUUUUGGCCUUUAAAGUGGACAAGAGUUUGAGAAGACAAUGCAAUUACUACUUCCUCAAUUUGGCAGUGUCAGAUUUUCUUGUAGGGGCAUUCUGCAUCCCAGUCUAUAUCCCCUACAUCCUCACAGGCAGGUGGACACUGGGCCGAGGACUGUGUAAACUGUGGCUGGUCAUGGACUACCUGCUUUGUUCUGCGUCUGUCUUCAGCAUUGUCCUCAUCAGCUAUGACCGUUUCCUGUCAGUCACCAGAGCGGUAAGUUAUCGUGCCAGGCAGAGAAUGACUCAUCAAGCCAUAAUCAAGAUGAUUGGUGUCUGGGUGCUAGCCUUUGUCCUGUACGGCCCAGCUAUCAUAUUCUGGGAGCUGGCUGUGGGUAGAAGCCGCGUGCCAAAGGAUGAGUGCUUUGCGGAGUUCUAUUACUCUUGGUACUUCCUGCUGAGUGCCUCAAUGCUGGAGUUUUUCUCUCCUUUCAUCUCAGUGGCUUUCUUCAACCUCAGCAUUUACCUCAGCAUACGCAGGAGGAGGUUCCACAGCAGGGAGGCCCAGCUACACCUUCAAAUGAGCGAACCUGCCUCUGCCCAGGGGGAAGGUAUCCCCCUGUCCCACAACUGGGGGGUUGGGAUGAAACUGGCUGUAAAAGGCUCUAUCCACUCACAGACCUCCUCUCCCAGUUUGGGUAAACUCGAUCCCUCAACCAGCAGGGCGGCGCAGCCCAGCCGUCUGUCCAGGGAUAAGAAAAUUGCUAAGUCCCUGGCCAUCAUAGUGUGUGUGUUUGCCAUCUGCUGGGCACCGUACACCCUACUGAUGAUCAUCCGUGCUGCCUGCAGAGGGCGGUGCAUCCAGCAUCACUGGUACGAGGUCACCUUCUGGCUCCUGUGGCUCAACUCUGCUAUUAACCCAUUCCUGUACCCACUUUGCCACAGUAGCUUCCGCAGGGCCUUUAGCAAGAUUCUCUGCCCGAAGCGGCACACAACUCCCCCGUCAUCUGUCCUUCGUGCUGGCCAGUGACAAGCGGACGGAUAGGGAUGGAUGGGGACGAACAGUGUGCCAAAGCGUUGGAAGGAAGUAUUAAAAAUCCCAUAAAUUCCACAGUUUCAGCAGAUGAAGCUAAACUGUGCAACACAGAUUGUCAUAUAGACCAUAAUCAAUGGCUCUCAAUUGUGUUGGGAUGAUGAUGUAUAAGGUUGGUACUAUACAGAAUAAUGUGAUUGACUGUCAAUCAGUUCACUGUGUAUUAAUCAUUCAUCAUAAGCAUGAAAAUAAUUAUCCUGCCAAAAAAAAAAAAUCUGAAUCUGAACAAAAGUAUUAUGGUAAUUGAUACAAUAGAAUUUCUACCUACUGCAAGAACUGGACAAGUUUACCAGUGCUGUGUUUUUGGUCGAAGGAAAAAACAACGAAAGAGUGAAACACAACCGUUCCUUCAGGCCUAUUGAUACAUGCCAUGCAGACGAUGUAAUAAUGAGACCUGUCAGCUUUGUCUUUUGUACUGUUCUGUGUUUGUCCGUUGAAAUAAGGUCAAGAAACAUUCUCUAGCACAUUCAUUGUCCACUCGAUUAUAUGAUAGAUAUUCUCUAGAAAAUGAAACAUAACCAUUACCAGGCUAAAGAGGAAUUUGUGGGUAAUGUUUAAUUCGUUCAAUUAAGCAGCUUAUAUGUUGAAUUUACAUACACUAUAUUUAUUUAUAUUUAUGUUCAUAAGAAGUGUCGCGCCCACUGUGACAUCCUUGCUGCAGCUGAGGUAAAACAGAUCACUAUCACCCUCUGCUGUUAGAAAGUUUACUACUCUUGCUGUGACACAAGAACAGUGAUGAAAACACAAAGUGCAAUUAAGUAUACAUGUAUGUACAAUGAAAUGUUUUACCAAAGCCUAGCAAGAGGCUAUUUUUCCUCAUCUUAUUUUUUUUUGCCGUUACAAUAUAUUCCAUUCCAUUAAAUUACAUUAGUAAAGGAUUGUGUUUCUUCAUACAUUCAGCACAUUUUCUGCACAUUCAUCACCCCAUAUUAACAAAUAAUUUGUUUUUACAGGAAUGUUGGAAAACAAUGCAAACAAAACAUUCAAAUUAUUUGAGCUAUGAAACUAUAUACUAUAUUGUAUUACUAUUGAUUAUCAAUCAUAUUGCCACUCCAGAGCAAUACAACCACCACUUGGCGUCUUUUUUAUUUUUCAUUUCUUUAGGUGGUUUUACAAGUUUUUGGAUUUAUGUCAUAAAGAUGUAAUCUGUUUACAAACAAUACCAAAACAUCAUUUGACUGUGAAGAGCAGGUGUGUGUCUCCUUGUGCCACUAGAUGUCACCAUUAACCUUUACAGCUUCCUGCGUGUGCAGUGCUUGUAGGAUUAAGCUUCCAUUCAUCAUGGAGUGAAGACAGUCUUUGAGGUUUUCCAUGGUUCCCAUUAACUGCUUUUACUUUAUUGUUUGUGUUUGAAUUGUAAGUUAAAUAUUGUUGCACCCCGACUGAUUUCGAUUGUAAUAGAAGAAUGUAACCUAAUAACCACAGGUCUAUAAAAUUGGAUGGUGCUCUCUUCAGAUUUACUCUCGGAGAAUCAUAUCGGUACUUACUGUCACAUAGAAAUAAAAAAGACAAUAGUUGCAGUAUGUCCUAUGCUUUAGCAUUUGUUGUAUAUUGUUGUAUAUACUCUGCACUCAUGCUAUUUUUUUUUUUUUUUUUUUUACUGUUUGUGUAAAUGAUUUAUUAGAGUAGCAGCCGAAAGAAAAUUAUUGUAUGAAUACUUGAAUGAUUGUUUUAUUUUAAGUGAUUUAAAUUUAGAAUUUUUAAAAAUAAACACAUCCCUAUAA